AUCCCCGAUGAUCUCUUUUGCGUGGUUUAACUCAGAGCGCUUUUGGUUCGUGGUAUGACUGCCACUGCUGCAAACUGUCGGCACUCUACACACCUGCGAAGUCUCGCUUUUCCUCCUUCGUUUGUUGUGAUAGAUUGUUCACCAUCACUGCCAUUCAUAACAACGCGAUUCAGAACAAUGACCAGCGAAGCAAGUAACCCUGAUGACUAUUCACGAUUCUUUACUGUCCGCAGUGCGGCGAGGAAGCCGUCUGCAAUCAGGGCCUUGCAGCCCCUUUUGUCCAUUCCUGGCAUGAUCUCCCUAGGAGGCGGCAACCCAAACCCGACAACAUUCCCGUUCAAGGAGCUUAGUUUCACAUUGAAGGAUGAGGCAGGAGGCGGGGAGAUUCAUGUUGAGAGUGGAGACUUGCAGAAAGCUUUGCAAUAUAGUCCCACGAAUGGGAUACCAGAGUUUGUUGCCUGGUUAAAAGAACUGCAAACAUCCGAACACUCACCAUUGUACGAUUCGUUUGAUGUUUGCGUUGGGAACGGGAGUCAAGAUGUACUUACAAAGGCCUUUGAGAUGCUGCUUGCCGAAGGAGAUAAUCUCUUGAUCGAGUCACCUGCAUACGUUGGAUCUUUGGCAUUUUUGAAACCUUUGGGAUGCAAGUUUGUGGAGGUACCGGUGGAUAAGGAUGGCCUGGAUUCGGACAAAUUAGAGGAGAUCUUGAGCGGAUGGAAGGAUGUCCGAACAAGGCCCAAGGUUCUGUAUACAGUACCUGUCGGUGGUAACCCAACAGGGGUGAGCACAUCGGUGGAACGGAAGCGAAAGAUAUACGAGAUAGCAAAGCGGUACGAUAUCAUCAUCCUGGAAGAUGAUCCAUAUUACUACCUGCAGUUUGGUGACAAGCGAGCAGCCACUUACUUCUCUAUGGACGCAGACAAGAGAGUCCUGCGCUUUGACUCCCUCUCCAAAAUCUUCUCGGCCGGCAUGCGUAUCGGAUGGGUAACAGGUCCAAAACCCCUAGUCGACAGAAUUGUACUGCAUGGCCAAGCGACGAUGCUCCACCCUUCCGGAUUGAGUCAGAUGCUCGCCUACCAACUACUGAAAAAGUGGGGACGUGAUGGGUUUUUGAAGCACACCAGAAGUGUUGCUGGGUUUUACGAACAAAAGCGGGAUUUAUUCUUGCAGAGCGCUAGCAAAAGGCUGCAGGGUGUUGCGGAAUGGACUGUUCCUGAUGCGGGAAUGUUUGUUUGGUUGAAGCUCCUCGGAAUAACAGAUUCUUCAGAUUUAAUUAAGCAAAAAGCGAUGGAAAAGAAGGUGCUGCUAGUCCCUGGUUUUGAGUUCUUCCCAAAUCCCACUACAACACCCUAUGUUCGAGCAUCUUAUUCUAUUGCGGAAGCUGAGGAUAUGGAUGAGGCGUUAAGGAGGUUGCGUGAAUUGGUAGAGGAGGCUAGAAGUUAGAUUAACUAGCGAACAGAGUGGGAACUAGUUAACAGAUGUUAGAUGAUGUCAAAUGGGUGGUUGCAUUCUGCAUUCAUAUAAAUCAAUCAUUUAACCACAAUGCGGAAACUCUAAAAGUGUGGUGUGGACUUGUCGUGGUUUUUGCGGGCUUGACGGGAAGGAACAAGUGGUGCAUG